UGUGGCCUUUGAUAUCCAACCCUCCUCCGCCAGCUUAGGCUGCAUGAGAGGGGUGCGGGCUCCCGCGGUCCUGCUAGGCGGAGCGUUGCCUGUGGUUUGUGGGGAGACACCGAAUUCAGCGCCUGCUCCAGGCCGCGCUGCUCCUGUCGCUCCUUUGGAUGCCGGCGCUGCUGCCUGUGGCCUCCCGCCUCCUCUCGCUGCCCCGCGCCCUGACGGCCAUGGCUUCAGGAAGCCCCCCGGCCCAGCCCUCGCCGGCCGCGGACUCCGGUUACGUUCCGGGCUCGGUCUCUGCAGCCUUCGUGACUUGCCCCAAUGAGAAGGUCGCCAAGGAGAUCGCCAGGGCUGUGGUGGAGAAGCGCCUGGCAGCCUGCGUCAACCUCAUCCCUCAGAUUACGUCCAUCUAUGAGUGGAAAGGAAAGAUUGAGGAGGACAGUGAGGUGCUGAUGAUGAUUAAAACCCCAAGUUCCUUGGUGCCAGCUUUGACAGAUUUUGUUCGCUCUGUGCACCCUUACGAAGUGGCUGAGGUGAUCUCCUUGCCUGUGGAGCAGGGGAACUCCCCAUACCUGCGCUGGGUGCACCAGGUUACAGAGGCAGCUUCUGACCCCAGCACAGUCCCACCAUGAGGAGCCCUGUUCCUGCCACCUUCCCUUCCAUACUUCAGGGCCCUCUGACCUGGGCCCCUAAUAAAUCCUAUCUUUGGUUCUUUCUG